UGGAUGUAGCUGUGCUAAAACAAUGUCUACGUCCGCCACAAUCCGCAUUCUAAAUCGUUUUUGGUGUUUGGAAAUGCUCGGCGAGUGAGAGGAGGAGGAGGAGGUGGGGUUCUUCGUGUCUGCACCCGGGAGGUAAAAAAGGCUGUUUCGGAAGUUUCCACCAGCAGACGUAGGAGUGCGUGCGUGCGUGCGUGCGUGCGCGCGCGUGUGUGUGUGUGAGGGUGGGGGGGCGCGGGUCCAACAUGGGGAGCUCGGUGUGCUCCAGGAGGCAGCGCAGGAUCUUCCAGUGUCUCCUGCUGCUCACCGUGGUCUGCGGGAUGAUCUACGGGGGGAUGAUCUCCUACGAGAUGCACAAACAGCUCAAGAGGACCGAGGCGACGGCCCUGAAGUACCAGCAACACCAAGAGUCCCUCUCGGCUCAGCUGCAAGUGGUGUACGAGCACCGCUCCAGGUUAGAGAAGUCUCUCCAGAAGGAGAGGUUGGAGCACAAAAAGGCCAAAGAAGAUUAUCAGGUUUACAAACUUGAUACACAACAGUCACUGAACAAGGAGAAGCAAGACUCCAGCAACAGGUUCAGCUCCCUACAAGUGCAACAUCAGGUGCUAAAGAACCAGCACGAGGACCUGAAGAAGCAGUUUUAUGAUCUGCAGGAGCAGCACCAAGUCCAGAGCGAGGACCACAACCGGCUGCUCGACGAACACAAAGAGCACUACGAGAAAGUGCAGCAGGGCAAAGAGGCGGAAAUCUCCCACCUCAAAGAUAAUGUAUACAACCUGAGAGAGGAAAAUAAGCAGCUGAGGAAAGCCCACCAUGACAUUCACAUACAGCUGCAGGACGAGCACGUUCAGCAUCAGGACCUGAAGACGUCCCACAGCCAGCUCGCACUGACACUGGAAGACCACAAGAGUGCGCUGGCUGCAGCUCAGGCGCAGUUGGAGGAAUACAAGAAGAUGAGGGAGUCCCUGAACAGGGCGCCAAAUCUGAGACCGCCAGAACAAAACCCCGCCCCCCAGCGGCCACAAGCAGCCGCCACAGCACCAGAGUCCCAUAUUCACGAAGCCCAAAAGGCCACAAACCUGGAACAUGCGCAAGAGAACGAUCCUCGGCUCCACCAUGACACGGAGUCCAGGUUGGCCCAUCAAGAGGAGGUGAUGCCUGCCGAGGACGAGAGCAAGACCCACCCCACCGCAUCCCAGCAGACUGUGUCCGACCGCGAGGAGGAGGGCGAGGCUGAGAGGAGGAGGGAGCUGGCAGAGGAGGAGAUGGCUCAAGCAGGACAGCCUCAGAAGCUGGAGGAGGAUCCGGACCAACCGCAGGACGAACGGCAGGAGGAGGAAGAGGAGGAGGAGGAAGAACCGGAACAGCCGGAUGAGAACGCACUGGACCGACAGAGACGCCAGCCCCAACCGGGCCCCCACCCGGGGGAGCAGGAGCCGGACGCCCAGGUGGAGCGGGUGAAGUCGGCCUACGAGCAGCAGCAGGAGCAGCAGCGGCUGGAGGCUCAGAGGUCCGAGGAGCGCAGGCAGAUGCAGGUGCACCAGGAGGCCCUGAAGGUCCAGAGGGACAAGGUGGUGAAGGAGAGGGAGCAGAGGCUGAGGCAAGAAGAGGAGCGGGAGCAGCAGCAGCACCGCGAGGCCGACCGGCGGGAGCAGCUGCUGAGAGACGAGCACCAAAGGAAAAGGGCCGAGUAUGAGAAUAUGGACAAUGAUAUUGUUCAAGGAGAAGAGGACCGGCACGCUGGCGAUGAAGAAGACGCUCACGUGAUGGAGGAGGAGAAUCAAGAGGAGGAUCACAGAGUGCCGCCACACAAGCAGGGGGCUGGAGAGCUGGACCCUGAGGACGACCCCAACAACCAGGGAGAGGACGAGUUUGAGGAGGCCGAGGACGAUCGGCCGCAGCACAGGGUCGCACAGGUGGAGAAGGAGGAGGAGGAGGAGGAGGAGCCGGUGGAGGAGGAGGAAGAGGAGCCGGUGGCACCAGCCCAGCACAAAGACGCCCACUCAAGGCCCGAACGACCUGCCGUGGAGGAGGAACUAGUGAUGGCCGGAAACCCCGAUCAGCAAGAAGACACGCUGGAUGACCAGUACCAGGAGGGAGGAGAGGACGACGUCCAGGAGGACAUAGCCGCUGGACAAAGGAGAGAGAAGGAGGAGGAGGAGGUGGUGGAGGAAGGAGAGGAUCCCUAUAACGAGGAGAUUAUAGAACAGGCCGACGUAAAAACGCAGGAGGGUCCGAGACAGGAGCCCCGUCACAACAACGAGGCAGAGAACAACCAGGAAGAGAACUACGAAGAGGAAGACGAGGAGAUGGAGGCGGACGAGGCGGGUCGAGACAAGGGAACCAACCGGAGGGCGGAGAUGUAGGACGGACGCGGACCGCGACCAUUCGCGGUGCGUUUGGUCGCGUCUUUCUUUCCCUGGUUUCCCCUGAAGGAAUAAAACCAGCCAUCCUUUCAGAAUUCCAGUCAGGAAAAUUGGGAUUUUAUUUCCAGAAGAUAGGAUGCCUUUGCGAACCCUGUGGGGAGGGAACAGAGUCUCUUUCGCUGCGGAAACGGACAGAAUUUGUCGGGCGGAUGUGUACUGUAUUUUUUUUUUCUCCGUUUGUUCACAUGCAUUUCUGUCUACCUGAUUGCCUGGUUCAGUUUUUUAUUUUUAUUUUUUAAGAGCAGUAAGACAGAGAAUGUUUUUCUACCAUUUCAGUGUGUGUGUGUGUGUGUGUGUGUGUGUAAGGAAAGCAAAGAUAAGUUAUGUUAUUCUGAUCUCCUCAUGUUCAGGCCUUUUUAUAUGUAUGCAAUAUAUGUUGCAUCUUUAUGCAAACAGCUGUAUACUUUAUAGAGCUCAACUUUUAAUCUUGCAUUCCAAUCGAUCCAGUCGUUUCUGUUAUUUAUUUUGACAAUCGUAAGGAAAAAAGAAACGCAGCUCAUUUUUCUUUUUCCCCCGACUGAACUAGUUUGUGUCAUCACGGCUUUUACCGGCUAUCUGAAGCAAUCAUGGGAGUAAUUUCACUGGAUGUCGCCAGUCAAAGAGACGUUUCUGGUGAAGCCGUCGUGUGCUGAAAGUGUCACACUGACCCUUGCUUUUCUGUUCUUGGAAACACAAUAUAGCUCUUGGUCAUUUUACAUUGGGGGGAAAAAAACAUUUUUAAUAGGACAGGAGAGAUGAGGGUGUGCAAGUUGCAUCAGCGUAGCCUUAAAUAGAGGUUUAAUGUCGACUGCUGUUGUGAACACAACUCACAAAUAUAAUGCGGUUUCCUGCCAAAUCUUUUUUCUACUGUGCAAUGUAUAGCAAAGAAAAUACUGACUAAGUUUUCAAUUUUCCCACUAGUUAUAUUUGAUACAUAAAGUGGGAUUUUGAUUGCAUUAAACCUCGAGUGCCAGCUAAAUGGAGUCUGUGGAAUAAAGAUGUCAAAGGAU